AUGAGGAAAAAAGGUCGGGCAGUUGGUAGAAUCUAUUUUGCACAUCCAGCAAGUGGAGAGCGUUUUUAUCUGCGCAUGUUGUUAAAUUUUGUCAAAGGCUGCACUUCAUUUGAAAGCAUAAGAAGAAUUAAUGGAGUAGAUUAUAAAACCUUUCGAGAGGCUUGCUACGCAUUAGGUUUAUUAGAUGACGACAAGGAGUGGAAUGACUGCUUGUCAGAGGCUGCACAAUGGGCAAGUGGAAAUGAACUGCGCAAUCUAUUUGUGACUAUUCUUAUUCACUGCCAAGUUUCAGAUUCACACAAGCAUUGGGAGAAUAACUACAACAUAUUAUCAGAAGAUAUCACAUUGAUGCAGAGAAAGCGUUUACAUCUGAAAGAUUUGCAACUAACUGACAAACAAAUAGAAGCGUAUUCCCUGUUAGAAAUUGAAAACAUGCUCAUAAAACAGGGAAGAAGUUUGCGAGACAUAGAAGGGAUGCCACUGCCAGAUAAUACAUUAAUGCGGAAUGUGGGAAAUCGCCUAAUUAAUGAAGAGCUAGACUAUGACAAAGGGGAAAUAAAAAAAAUGCACGACAAAUCAUUUAAACUAUUAAAUAGUUUUCAAUUACCGGCAUAUGAGGCAAUAAUAUCAUCAGUUGAUAAUAAAGAAGGCAGAUUAUUUUUUAUACACGGACAUGGUGGUACAGGCAAGACAUUUCUAUGGAAUACAAUUAUUUCAAAAAUCAGAUCAGAAACAAAAAUAGUUCUACCAGUCGCCACUUCAGGUAUAGCAGCUUUAUUGUUGCCGAACGGUAGGACUGCUCAUUCGCGGUUCCAUAUUCCGCUUGACGUCACACCAGAGUCAACAUGUGACAUAAAACAAGGAAGCCAAUUAGCAGAACUACUAAAGAAAACAUGUUUGAUAAUUUGGGAUGAAGCUCCAAUGGCAAACAAAUAUUGUUUAGAAGCCUUAGACAAGAGCUUGAGGGACAUUCUUCGAGAUAGGUAUGAAAAUAGUUCUGACAGGCCUUUUGGGGGACUAACAAUCGUGUGUGGUGGUGAUUUCAGACAAAUCCUGCCGGUAAUUCCAAAAGGAACAAGAGCUGAUAUUGUUGAUGCGUCGCUAAACAAUUCGCACCUGUGGCCCUAUUUUUCAAUUUAUGAACUAAAGGAAAAUAUGCGUCUUACUUGUGGAAAAGUCAUGGGUUCUGAAGCUGAAAGAAUUGCAAGUUUUGAUAGAUGGUUAUUGCAGAUUGGAGAUGGAUCAGUUUAUGCUGAUAAAAAGAUGGAACUCAUUAAGCUACCGCCUGAUAUAUCCAUUGCACCAUCACACAAUCAAUUGAAAUCAAUUGUAGAUGCAGUAUAUCCAUCUCUAUUACAGAAUUACAACGACCCGACAUACUUGAAAGAAAGAGCCAUACUAACACCAAAAAAUGAAAUGGUUCAUGAUCUAAAUGAAAAAAUAAUGAAUAUUAUACCAGGGGAAGGAAGAACCUACUACAGCUCUGACAAUGUGUGCAAAGCAAGUGUGAACACUAAUGAGGAAGAUAUAUUGUACCCCACUGAAUUCCUUAAUAACUUACGAUUCUCAGGCAUCCCUAACCAUGAUAUACACUUAAAAGUAGGAAGUCCGGUUAUGCUUCUUAGAAAUCUCAAUCAAACAGAAGGACUAUGCAACGGUACAAGAUUAAUGAUCACACAUCUAGGAAAAUUGUCUGUAAAUGCAAACAUCAUAUCGGGUAAGAACAUCGGCACAACAGUCACAAUACCCAGAAUUAUCAUGUCUCCAAAUGAUUCAAAAUGGCCAUUCAAGCUUAACAGACGGCAACUUCCUUUAGCAACCUGUUAUGCCAUAACAAUCAAUAAAAGUCAAGGACAAACUCUUCAGACAGUUGGACUGUAUCUUCCAAAACAGGUAUUCACACAUGGACAAUUAUAUGUCGCAGCAUCACGUGUAACAACAAGAGAAGGAUUGAAAAUAUUAAAUGCAGACGAGGACAGUGAAGACCAUACACACAUUAAAAAUAUUGUUUACAGAGAAAUAUUCCAGAAUGUAUAUCCAAGACUUGUAGAAACACAUGAUGUCACGUUAUAA